AUGGGCGUCUUUUCUCGAUUCAAGAAGGAGAAGCCUGAGGCUGGAGCAGCCGACGGAUCCGACCCGGCUCCCGCUUACGAGGGCCAUGAAGAACACCACCAUCACGACCAUCCGCAUCUGGAUGCCGCCAACGAGCCCAUCAUGAUCAUCGAGGAGGCCGACUCGGACCAGCUCAACUACCACGCUCCCCGAGAGGCCUACUACUACUACGCCGCCAUCCAGCGACGACGAGAAGACACAUUGCCUCCGGACCAGAUUACGCUGAUUCCGGGCUUUGCCCGCUUCUUCAAGAAAAAGGAGCCUGAGGUGGUAAACUCCGAGCCCGUCAUUGUGUCUGAACAGGCCUCGGAAGAAGCUGCGCUCGAAAAACAGGAUUACCCCGACGACUACCGAGGAGACCACACCCACAACCACGACCACGAAAAGGAGGGCGUGCUUGAAGGCAUUCCCGGCGCCAAGGAGGACAUGGCUGUGGCCAACAAGGCCCUCAAAACGGCCUCGUGGAUGUCUGUCUUCUAUCUGAUCACUACUGAUAUCAUGGGCCCCACAGGUGCUCCCUACUCCAUUUCCACUCUCGGAUACUUCCCCGGUAUCUUCCUUUUCACUGUUCUCGCGGUUACCGCCGCCUACACCGGAUGGCUAAUUUUCAAGAUGUACAUGAAGAUGGACAGUCCCCAAUACCCCAUGCGAACCUACGGAGACAUGGCCACCCGAAUCUACGGCCCCGUUUUCCGACUCGCCGUCGAUCUGCUGCAGGCUAUCCAGCUGUGGUGUAAUGUCGGUGUUCUGGUUCUUUCCAACGGUCAGGCUCUGUCCCAGGUCGCUGCCAACCAUUCCGAAGACGGCAAGUCCCACGUUUGUUUCGCUGCCCUCUGUAUCAUCUUCAUGGGAGCCGGUAUGCUUGUUGGUCAGAUUCGAUCUCUUAAGAACUUUGGUUUCCUCGCCAACUUUGCCAUCUGGAUGAACUUGGCCAUUUGUUUCGCCACUAUGGGUCUCGCCCGACAGUACGGUAUCAACGUGCGAGGUAACGAACUUGUAUACGGCUCCCCUCUGCCUCCCAAAAAGACCUCCGCUGUCGCCACCGAUAUCCCCUUCCAGACCCAGCUGCAGGGUCUCAUGAACAUUGUCUACUCGUACGGAGGAGCAAUGAUGUUUGUCGAGUUCUGCGCCGAGAUGCGACGACCAAGAGACUUCAUCAAGGGAAUGCUGACCGCCCAGACCGUCAUCUACUGCUGUUACAUGCUUUUUGGAGUCUUUGUCUACGCCUACCAGGGCCAGUUUGUCAUGAACCCCGCCAACCAGGGUGUCCCCAGUGAGACUCGAUACGAGAAGAACUGGCAGGAUGCCCUCAACAUGAUCGGAGUUGUUUCUGCCCUCAUUGCCGCCGCUCUGUACGGUAACGUUGGUGUCAAGGUUGUCUACCGAACCGUGUUCCAGCGAGUUCUGCGACUCCCCAACAUUACUGAUUCUGCUGGAGGACGAGUUUUGUGGACCCUUGCUGUCUUCGUUUACUGGGCUGUUGCCUUUGUUAUUGCUUCUGCCAUCCCCCAGUUCUCUUCUUUGGUCUCUCUGGUUGGAGCUAUCUGUAUUCUGCAGUUCUCCUACACUCUGCCUCCCUUCCUGUACGCCGGUCUUACCCUUCAGGAAGAGGCCUCCAAGGAGGACCAUUACGAUCCCUCCACAAAUACCGUUACUCGAAUCGACACGUGGAAGAACUGGAGCCGAUGGAAGCGAGGACUGACUGGCCGACCCUGGUGGAUGCUCUUCAACAUUAUCAUCUUCCUCAUGUCUCUGGCCACUGCCAUUUUGGGAGCCUAUGCCUCGGUCUACAACCUGGUCCAGGCUUUCGACGCCCCUGGAGGAAACACCUCUUCUUUCACCUGCAAAUCUCCUGUUGCCGGUUAA